UGGGAGCACCAUUGUCCACUUGGCAAAGAAGUAUUAGAAUUUCCAUUGGAAAUUGCCCUCAAGUAGGGGCAGUGCCAUCAGGGUGAGCCGACACCCACAAGCACAACCCAGCAACUCCCAUCCACCCACAGCUGAGAGAUGGGCUCAGGGCGGGGAACCCCCGGGGCGCUGCGGGGCCAAACGCAGCCCUUUCCUCUCCUCCUCUUCCUCCCUGUUCCAUGCAGGACAGCCAUGUGUGUGGGGAAGUGCAGCCGGAUCGUGGGUCCCUGCCUGCUGGUGCUGGGCACGCUCUCCAUGGCAGCCAGCAUCCUCCUGCUCUUCCCUGCUGGAGCAUCCAAGUACCUGCUGGAGGGACACAUCAGCAGCCACGCCAAGGCUCUGCCGGGUGUCUGGGGAGGCGGCAUCGCUGUGAUGCUGGCAGCGACCCACGUCACGGCACUGGGGUGGCAGUGCCCCGGCUGCGGCACCCGACACAACGCGUUCAUCUCCGUGGUGCUCUCCAAGCUGGCUCUCCUGGGCGCUGCCGCCUGCUUCGUGCUCUCUGGGGUGGGACUGACCAAUGGCCCCCUCUGCUUCUACAACAGCACCGAGCUCGGCCUCAGGCACGGCGCCUUCUGGGGCUACCCCUUCCUCGAUGCCAUUGACCUGGGGCCUGAUGCCAGGGCUGAGAACUACCUGUACAACCGGAGCACCUGGAGCAUCUGCCUGGAGCCGGAGGGCAUUGUCACCUGGCACGUUGUCCUGUUCUCCCUCCUGCUGCUCAUCAGCGUGGCUGAGAUGGUGCUGGCCUUGCUCCAGAUCCUCAAUGGCUGCCUUGGCUGCCUCUGUGGCUUCUGUGAUGGGAAGUAGGGCCCGGUGGCAGUGCCAG